AUGUCUAAGCAUAGGUUUCCUGAAAUCACAAAAGCAAACACAAAUCUAUUCCAAGAAUCAUUCAAAUUCAAGCCAAGACGUAAAAUGGCAUUAUUUCAAAAUCCUCCAGCUCCAAUAAUAGCAGUAAAUGAUUCAUCAUAUCUUCAAAGGCAGGCGAGCUUUUUCAGUGAUUCCCCAUAUGCCCAUAGUCAGUCUUUAUAGGAAUUGCCCGAGGAUGGCGCUAUCUUGCGCCAUCCUCGGGCAAUCCAAAAAAUGGCACCACACCGGGAAUCGAACCCACGUGUGGGGCCAUUUUUGGUGCGUGUGAGUCGAUGUUGGCCACACACCAAAAAUGGCCCCACACGUGGGUUCGAUUCUCGGUGUGGGGCCAUUUUUGAAUUGCCCUAGGAUAGCGCAAGAUAGCGCCAUCCUCGGGCAAUUGCUAUAUCUAAAAUCCGAUCUUCCUCAGUGCUAACUCUUAAUGAUAAAACUCCUAUAAAGCUUCGCUCUGUAUCUUCAGAACUCAAAAAAAAUUAUACAAAUUCACGAAUUCAGCUGAAGCAUAAAAAAGGGAAAGAAGCUUCUGUUAUAAAUUGUUCAAAUAAAUCAUUGAGUUCUAUAGACUCUACUCAAAAAAUCUCAAAAUCUAAAACUCCAACAGGAAAUAUUUUAUCGUUAAGUAACUCAUUUACUACACUUACACAAGAUUCUCGGAGAAUCUUGACUCAGUCAAAAAAUGACGCUGAAAGCUUAGAAAAUAAAUUAUUGUAUCGAUUAAGAUUAAGCUAAUUAGCGUAAUCUCAGAGGGUUUAUUUUAGCCCUCUCUCUGACUUACUGAUUUCAGGCUUCUCACCAGAGGCAUCGGCUUGCAUGCACUCUUUUCUGUCGAUGUUACCAAAAAAUGGUGACAUUAUCUUUUGAGAGACGCAUCCUUUACUUCGUUUGAAUAUCAUAGCGUUAGGCGCCAACUUUGGCUAGGGAUAGGAUGUUAGGCAGAAAUUCCGAAUCCUCCUUCUAUUCCAAUUACCCUUCAUAUGAAAAAAAUUGGAGUUUUCUUUGCUGUCUGGCCCAUGGUUCAAGGCAAAAGUCCCUGUCGUGGAGUCCCGACCAAGAAAAAUCCAUCUCGGGCACAAAAAUUCUAAAACCUUCCUCCUCUUUCUCAGUUUCAGACUGCAUCAAAAUUCCCAAAGCCAGAAGUUUCCAGAAAAGAGCAGGUCGGUAUGCUCUCCAUUUUAUUUCCGCAUAAAACAUUGAAGAAAUUGAAAAAAAUUGAGGAAAACGAUUCAGAAUCUAUAAUGGACAAUGAUAAAUUUAAUAUUUAUCGAAAAAUCUUUAUAGAAGUCAUAGAAAAAGACAAAACUUAUGGAUCUUUACUGAGACAAAUAAAAGAUGGUUAUGAGGAAUGAAUUUCUGUUUGAAAAAAUUCUGAAAACAAUUUGUGUUUACAAGAAGAAGCCAAUGAUCUCAAUAAGAAAGUAAAAGAAUUAUUAGAAGAUAGGAAACUUACAAUUAAAAAGAUAGAAAAACUUGCUAAAGAAAAUGCUGGAUUAAGUAGAUCAUUAGAAGAAAGCGAAUCUGGCUACGCAAAAUUGCACGAAAGGCUACUAUUAAUUUCAAAUAUAAAAACAGAUGAUAUGCCAAAAGAUGAAGACUCAUGAAAAUACAUAGUCGCUGAAAACAAGAUUUUAGUUGACAUGUGCAGACAUAUGAAAGAACAACUAAAAAAAUUCCAAACAAAAGAAAAAAAGCUGCUUAAAUUGAUUUCUGAAUUAAAAAAUAGAGGAUACCCUGUAGAAGAAGUCUAUGAAAAAUGCAUUUUGAAGCGAAAAAUUGUUAAGGAAGAAAAAACCAAUAAUAGAGAAAGGAAUUCUGGUGAAAAUGAUGAAGAAUUGCUUAUAUCAGGACCUCCUAGAAAAGUUGAAAAGCCUGAAAUUGUGCCUACUUUAGAUCUGAACAAUAUAAAUCAUGAAAAGUAUUAUUCUGAAAGUUCUGGAUAUUCCAGUGUGGAAAGUGAAUCAUAG